CCUCUAUCAGCUCCUUGAGUAUUCUGGGAUGCAUUUCAUCAUUCAUGAAAUGUCCUCAUUCAUUCAUUGACAUUGCUUACAGGGAUGCUAUUUGUGAUACAGAUAUGUCCUUACUAGAAACUAAAGUAAGAUCACAAAAGGAAUUCACAUUGACCACCAAUCAGAUGUCUGAUAUGGCCAACUCAGGACUGCUACAAACCUGUGCUAGAUUCAGGCUUAAAAUAAAUGUCUUCUCUACUCCUUUUUCAAUUUGAUAAAAUCAUCUCUCCAUCCCCUUUCUUUUUUUCUUUCAAUUCUUAAGGUGUUGAUGAAAGUGAAGUAUCUAUUACAGUGGCGUGGGCCAAAUAUGUAAUGUCACAUAUUACACAGACUUACCUACAUUGCGCUGUGUGUGUACACUGGGCUUUGUGUUUUACAUCUGUUUUAUCUCUGGGUCUUCUCACGAAUGGUUGUGAGGCUGAUUUCAUAGUAGUUUUUAGUGUAUUGUGAACUGUGCAAAAUAUAAGUGAUGCCAUUCCUCGGGGAUCAGAGGUCUGCAUUUGACUGACUGAUGAGCCCUGCCUGCUACACCUGAGAGAGAGUUGGAACUUAAUUAAUUGACUCUUGGAAAAAGAGGGCAGAAGGAAAUGGAAGAGGGGAUUGUAACAACCUCCAGAAAGCUGAGUGAUCAAGGUCUAUGCCCAAGUGGUCUGCCAUGGGAGCUUGCACAGACAAGAAUUACUCCAGGAACCAUAGGGAUGGAAGGAAGACACUGUGUAGUCCUUCUUUGCUGAGCUUCUGAGGCUGUGGAAAUGGCAAAUAUCUUCAUAUCAAUUCUCAAACCUAUAAGCUGGGCUGUGAUUACUGCUUUCCUUUGGUGGAGUCGGCACGAAAUGUUGGCCAUGAAGUAAUGGUGUGUCAUAGUCUGUACCUGCCAUAUCGGAAUGAGUGCUUUGAUACAGUCUUAUCCAUUGCUGUGAUCCAUCAUUUUUCAACAAAGGAACGGCGUGUGCGAGCAAUAAAGGAGAUGGCUCGCAUCUUGAGAGUAAGAGGCCAGAUAAUGAUAUAUGUGUGGGCAAUGGAGCAGAAACGGCGAAAAUUUGAGAAGCAGGAUGUCUUUGUUCCUUGGAAUCCUUCACCACCUUCCUGGACCUUGGGUAAUACUUGUUCACGUGGAAUACAGAAAUCAAUUAAUCAGAAGGACAAAAGGCUGGCUUUGGACCCACACUCCACGAAGUUAGCUGGUGUUUUGCAAGCACACAGGAAAGCAAGAAGCUCAUCCUUUGUGUGGAUGAAGGAAAGCACUUACAACUCAUCUGAAAAAUCCCUGAGAUGGUCUCUCUUUUCAAGAUCACUUGAUUCACUCUUACACUUGCAUAAUCAUUGGCACCAAAGAGAGCUUUGCACAUUUUCCAAUUGCAAUAUUCAGUUGGAUGAAUUAAAGAGGGAAAAGCUUUUUGAACAAAUCCAGCAAGGGGGCUUCAUGAAGCAUAUUUGCAACUUGUCUUUUCCGUGCAGGCAGAAUUCUGAAGAAAAUGCAUCUGAAAUAGCUGUAAAACCAGGGUCACCUGUGAUAUUUCACCCCGUGCCUUUCAAAAAAUAUUAUUCGGAAUUAGACCAGGAUAAUAAGCAAUCCCCAAUGUCUGCAGCUAUAAUUAAUGAAUGCAGCAGAGUGUGUUUACCUGACCUGGUUUCCCAUCAAAAAGCUGUCAAACAGCAACUUGAAAUAGAUUAUCACCCAAAACAAGCAUCUUUCCACAAACUCCAAAACAGAACCAAAACAGACAGUUCUCUACAGGGUGUCAACAGUGAUUGUUCUGUGUCCACAUGGAACAAACAACUGCAAAGGAGCCCUAAUGGGGCUUGUCUUAGGUACUACCAUGUUUUUAAAGAAGGGGAAUUGGUGGAACUGAUAGAAAAUCAUAUACCUGAGCUACAUGUUAUUCAUUCAUACUUUGACCACGCAAAUUGGUGUGUGAUUGCAGAAAAGAUUCAAGUGCAGAAGAUCUAGGGGAAGAUUAUCAAAGGCACAGGUGCCUAACUGCCUUUGAAAGUCAAUGGGAGUUCAUUGCUUGGUGCUUGUGAAACUGUCCCCCAAGCUUUUUAUCCCCAUCUUGUGCUUGAUUCUCUCUGUGACUUUGCUUCUUUUGUCCUAUAUGUGACUGUCAUGGUCAUAUAGCUUUUUAAAAUCAUUUUAUAGAAACAUUUCUUUCUAUAAUUGUAAUUUCAGGUAGAAUGCAUUUUCAGGGACUUUUCCAUGGCUUUUUAACAAUAGCUGUCGGUUUUGAUUUUUGGUGUUUGAGUGGUUAAAAUACAUUUAAAUGUUUUCCCUGUUGGGAUGUUUUUAUAUGAAUAUUAAAGAUGUUUGUUAUUCACUUCUCAUAAUAAUUUAUUCUUUAGUAUCUUCUUGUAUUUAAAAUGUAUUGUGCAUUGGGAAUUGGAGUAAUAUAAGGCUGAUGGUACUUGAGAAGGAUUCAUUAUUUUAUUACAGUCUGCCAUCAUUCUAUAUGAUACCUCAAGACACAGUAGAGAGACAGUCCUUUUAAAAGUAGUACCGGGUGUAUAUAUAACCCAAGUAUUAGAGACAAUAGCUGGAAUAGACAUACUGUCAAAUAAGUUUAACAUAGCUCAUCUGUUGCCCCUGUUACAGUCAAAAAUACAGUGGACCUAUUCAAGGGUAUAUCACAACAUAACUUCCUCUCCCCAAUAAAUCUUAAAGCUGUGUAUUUCUCUGAGG